CACGUGAAAAUAAUUCCAUACGGAGGGCUAAAUGGGGUCAAAAAAGCCUAUUUAGAAUCUCUUGAAAACAAUGUUAUCAUCAAAUAUUUAAAUGAAGAUGAUGAAAAUAAAUAUCAUAAAAAACUUCUUAGAGAG